AUACUUUUUCCAUAGCUAGCUAGCUGCCGUUGAUUUCAAUUUAAAUUUGCCCACCUUCCUAGCCCACAAAUACGUACAAAUUCAUUCCUCGCAUGCUCUUUCGCUAUUUACCUUGAGUUCGCAACUUAAACGUUCAUAUUUUGUAAGUUUUAUAUGCAUAUUCAACAGUUAAAAUUUGUUUCUAUUGUAACUUAUCCACCACUUAUAUCCGUACUUAAGUACUUAAGUAAGUGGAAUAUGCGAUAUGAGCAGCAGAUUUUUUUGUUUUUUUUUUGUUUUUACCUUAGUGUAUACUUGAGUUCAGUUUGUAGUGAAAUUCUUGCAAGCACCCUCUGGUGUACGAGCCCAGGCGUACUCCCUCGAGUACUAAGGCUCCAUUUAUGCUCUCAACUUCGUUGGUAUGCGCAAUUAACGUUUCCAUUUUUUCAUUCAUUUUGCAACCACUCGAACAACUACGGCUAGGUGGCAGUCGCAUUUGCUUACCGAGCAACCCGAGCAGCCGCAAAGGCUCCAUACUUGACAUCUCUCAGCAGCAGCAGCAGCAGCAGCAACAACAACAACAUCAACAGCAUCAACAACUCCAACAGCAUCUGCAGCAACAAUUACCUGUAGGCAUUGGCAAUGCAGCGACCAGUCCACCCUCCGACGAGGAGAACAACAAACAGUUUUCGCCACGCUGGAAAGGUUCCGGCAACAAUUUGCGUCCACAGAGCGCCAAACAAGCGCUCUCUAUGCUUAAGCAAGCCUCCUCCGCCACAAACGUAGCAAUGCAAGGAGGACAGAGUGCCAGUGGCAGCCUGCUGAGUGUAGGCGCCGACAGUCCCAAGCAAUUGCGCAAAGGCAGCAUGAUAAAUCUGAAGACAGGCGCAGGCGAUAAUGCGCUCGCUCCCUCGCCGAUGCUGCAGCGUAAGGGUAGCGUUUACGCACACACAAAUACGGAGCGUGAAACUGGCAGUAUGGGCAGUAUGGUGAGCGGCAGCAGCGGUUCGCUUCAGCGCAAGGGCAGCGUUUAUCCAGGCGGUCGUGCUGCUGGCGCGCUCGAGGCUGAGGCGUCGCCCAUGCGCAAGCCAAGCAUGUACAACGUGAAUACCACCGACAGCCCGUCCAUGUUGCGCAAGCAAAGCAUGGCACCGCACAACGCAAGCGCCAAGAAUCUCAGCCACCAUGGCAGUCACGCCGGCAGCAUUGGCAGUCUAACGUCCACGACUGUGACCACGGUCGCCACAACGGGCAUCGAUACCGAUUAUGGACUCAAAAUGGGUCCAGGGCAGAUACAUCCGAAGGGCUAUCGCUUGACGACCGUGCGGCAUGGCGAGCUGAAAAUGGGUUUUGCGAAAAUCAAGGGCGUGGUGGAGGUUGAGGUGAUAUGCGCACGCAAUAUAGUGCCAGUGGAUUGUGAAACACCACCGGACACAUAUGUGAAAUGCUACGUUAAGGAUGGCGACCGACUGCGACAUAAGAAGAAGACGCGCGUGGUGAGGCACUCAGCGGAGCCAAUCUACAAACAGACGCUCAAGUAUCAG